AUGUCUCAACAGAGCGCCCUGAGCAGUAUGUUUGCUGAUGACCCUUUCUUCAGCCAGGAAACUCUGCUGUGGCCCCUGCGCACCGAGGCCCUCUCCUCCAUACAGCAGGACUUCUUCAACAGGAGGGCCAAACUCACAGACAGCCUCUUCACAGAGCUCCACAAUGGUCCCCAACUCCCUCUACUGGCUUCAGCGUUCCCAAGACUAAUCAACGGUGACCAGCACAGAGACGUGUCCUGCACAGAUCCGCAUAAGGAGGUCCAGCAGGCCUCACAGAAGAACGGUGACCUCCUGGUGACGCUGGACGCCCGAGGGUAUGCCCCCAGCGACAUCACGGUGAAGCUGGAGGGCCGUACUUUGGCGGUGGCAGCUCUGAAGCAGGCUGGUGCAGAGGACUCCCAAUCCUGCUCUUCAUCCACGUCGCACGCCGCUUACCAGUCCACCGCCGCCGCCAAGAUGGGCUUCAUGCAGAGGAUCGCGCUGCCCCCUCAUCUGGACCUGAGCGGCCUGUCCUGCUCCCUCAUGGACAACGGGCAACUGCGGAUCCACGCCCCCGCCACUAAACAGGCACUGACGGAGGGGAAGACGGAGAAGGAGGAGGAGAAGAAGAAGCAGGAAGAGGAAGAGGAGGUCCCAGGACGUUUCAGAAGCUCUCUGGAGUUCAACAUCAAAAAGGACACGGCAUAG